CGGCUUGUGAGCGGGAACUUCUCGGUCGCGCCCAGAGAAAGAACGAUUUAAAAAUGGGUGAUGUUGAGAAGGGCAAGAAGAUUUUUGUUCAGAAGUGUGCCCAGUGCCAUACUGUGGAAAAGGGAGGCAAGCACAAGACUGGGCCAAACCUCCAUGGUCUGUUUGGACGAAAGACAGGUCAGGCUGCUGGAUUCUCUUACACAGAUGCCAACAAGAACAAAGGUAUCACCUGGGGAGAGGAGACGCUGAUGGAGUACUUGGAGAAUCCCAAGAAGUACAUCCCUGGAACAAAGAUGAUCUUUGCUGGCAUUAAGAAGAAGGGAGAGAGGGAGGACUUGAUAGCUUAUCUCAAAAAAGCUACCAAUGAGUAAUAGUUGGCCACUGCCUUAUUUAUUAUGAAACAGAAGUAUCUCAUGACUUUUUAUGUGUACCAUAUUUAAAUUGAUCUCACACACUAGAAUUCAGAUCAUGAACGGCUGAUGGAAUAAUUCUGUUGGACAGUCCUGAUUUAAAUAAGAUUGGUUUGUGGCUAAACAAAUAUGGUCAGCUUUUUUAAUUUUGAUAGUAAUUCCGGUUCAACAAGUACUAUCACUUUUCCCAUUCUAAAGAGAUGAUUGAACUUGAAUAAGGAAUAUUAAACUUCUUAGGGAGAUGGUGCAUUCCUUCUCAAACCCUAUAAGAGAUUGGUUUUAUAUUUAGAUUUCUAUAACUGGUUAUAUUAAUAUAUUUAAAUACGGAAAAGAUCCCUUCACUGUCUCAUAGAACAGAGGAGGAUUCAGAUGUGUUUGAAGUUGUGUUCAUUAGCCUGUUAAGGCAAGAAUUGAAAAUACACUGACAAAUUCCACUUUAUCUUUUUGGUUUUAUAAACUAUGCCAAUUUAAUUAAAAUUCUCUAUCUAAAA